UCUACAUGUUGGCGGACCCCAACAAAUUCCGUGAACGCGCUUCUCAAGACUCAGCAUCUCCCGCCUCGCCCUUCUGUCAAUGGGACCGCUUUCUCAUACAUAAAAUGGGAGCUGCGUUUUUCGCAACUUUACAUAAGGGCUAUCCUGAUGUUGCUGGCUUUCGCAUUAUCCUGCUUGGCCAUCCUCAAUAGCACGACCGCGAAACGCGUCAUCCAGUGGUCUUUCGUGCAGAAUGGGACCUCCGGCAUCAUCCCAGUCGAGCUUAUCACCAUUUCGCCCACUCUCAUGUUGAUGUACGACCGCGCGGAUGGCAAUCCCCUGCUUCUGCCCAACGGACAACGCGCCUGGGCUGCGUUGUGGAACAUAGAGACUCAGACGGCCACACCAUUGCUUACCCAGACGGACGCGUUUUGUGCUGGCGGGGCGUUUAUAUCAAAUGGCACACUUGUUAGUGUCGGAGGACAACCGCAUGACUCUGGAGCUUCCCCAGGAGAUGGUCUCAUGGGUAUUCGUCUCUUUGGGCCCUGCGCUUCUUCAACAGGGGCUGGCUGCACGGUAUUUGAAGACCAGGCCAAUAUUCACCUCAAGGCCUUAAGAUGGUAUCCUACAGGACUGCGACUUCCCGACGGUAGCGUUAUGAUCAUCGGAGGAAGCAAUGCUAACACCUUCUACAACAACGCCACAACCGCGGUCAACUCAAUCGAGUUUUUUCCAAGCAAAGAGGACACUGUACGACCCAGCCAGUUCCUGCUCGAUGCCCAGCCCGUCAACAUGUUCCCAAGAUCGGUUGUGCUCCCAUCUGGCCACGUCUUUAUUGCGGCCAACAACAUAUCCAUGCUCUACGAUGUCGACUCCAACACCGAAUUGGCACGUUUGCCUGAGAUCCCCAACGGUGUCAGAAUCACUAAUCCAUUUGACGGUUCGCUUGAGCUGCUACCCCUCAUCCCUCCGCUUUACGAGCCGACUGUUCUUGUGUGUGGCGGCAGCGCAGCAGACGACCGCAGGCCAACCAGCAAUCUUACCAACCUUGACCCGACGACCAACCAAUGCUCGCGAAUGACUCUGACCCCAGCAGGAAUAGCGCGUGGGUGGCAGGUCGAGCUGAUGCCUGAUCGACGGAUUCUGGCCGAAAGCGUACUUCUCCCGAACGGCGAUGUCAUUUUCAUCAAUGGAGGACACACAGGGUAUUCAGGGUAUCCCAGUGUCAGCAAUUCCAAUGUCACGGGAUCCAAUGCAGCAAACCCAGCGAUGCGCCCCAUACUCUAUAGGACCAGCCUUUCUAGGAACCGAAUUACCCAAGACGGUCUACCGUCAAGCAACAUCCCCCGAAUGUACCACUCGGUCGCAAGUAUGACUGGGAAAGGAAAUAUUAUGGUCGCAGGGUCGAAUCCCAAUCGAUUAGUUACUCCUCCAGGAACCGUUGCGUUCCCCACGGAAUACAGAGUCGAGUAUCUGAACCCGGACUUUAUCACCAACAACUCGCCGCGGCCAGUCAUCCAUCGCGCACCAACCCAGCUUUUGUUCAACCAGCGCGUAACGAUGAAGGUCACCAUUCCGCCAAGUUUGUGGCUGGGCACCAUCCGAGUCUCCCUCAUGGACCUGGGCUAUGUCACUCAUGCUCAACACGCCAACUCGCGUCUUGUUGUCCUCGAACAUACCCUCGUUGGCAACACUCUGAUAAUAACUGGUCCUCCUAAUGCCAACAUUUUUCCGCCUGCACCCGCGUGGCUGUUCCUUGUUGCAGACGGAGUGUGGAGUGAGGGACUUCAGUUGAUGGUUGGCGAUGGUGGCAACCCACCGCGGCCAGCUAGUGCCCAAGGCAUCAAGAUCCCAACGAACAGUAUUUGA